ACGUUUUUCACAAGCAGAGUAACCUCCCAUAACCUAACACACAGCCACUGGGAGAGAUACGCUGUACCCGAAAAAAAAGAGAGAGAAAGCCACAAUUAAACCGGUCUUUAUUGUCCACAUUCUCUGGGGUUGACUCGGGAUUUCAAUGAACAGCCUGCUCUUUUGUUUCUGUGUUGAUUUGGGUCGCACAUUUAUGGCGUUUUUGAGCGUCAGUGGGGAUUUCUGCCAGGCUCAGCACCUCGCCUUUGCAGACAAGUGAACCGACGGCACCCCAAGGCAAGACCACGCCAGCCGGAAGCCUCCCUAGACAGACACCAGGGCGAGAACACUGGGACUGAAACGCUCCCGCGGCUGGGGAAUACUUCCUCGCUUCUACAGACUUGCUCUCUGUCUCCCCCCUCUUAUUUACUCUUCCUGAAUGGGGUAAACAUUCCCUGGAUCUCUGAUUGGAUGACUGAAGGAUAGUAGGGUUAUUUUUUUCCCCUCCCUGGAAAGGGGUUCAGUGGAAUUAACGAACCCUCCCCUACACGUUUCUGCGGCAGCCAUUUAUUUAAAUUUUUUUCAUUUUAUUUUGUAUCGUCAGAUCUACGUGUACAAAAUAUCUCGAAGCCACAGAAUCGUUCCUAGCUGACAUCUGAGCCAAAGUUGGGGAUUUGUCAACCCUACUACUUUGCUUUUUUUUAAAUUAAUAAAACAAAGUUUAUUUUAUUUUUAUUAUUAUAAUUAAUAUUUUUUUAACCUUUGCUUGCCAAUAUGAACCGCCCUGCUCCUGUUGAGAUUACAUACGAAAGCAUGAGGUUUUUAAUAACUCACAACCCAACCAACGCAACCCUCAACAAGUUCACUGAGGAACUAAAGAAAUAUGGAGUCACAACACUGGUCAGAGUGUGCGAUUCCACCUACGACACGGCACCAGUGGAGAAGGAAGGGAUCCAGGUGGUGGACUGGCCCUUCGAUGAUGGAGCACCUCCCCCAAGUCAAAUAGUUGACGAUUGGCUGAACCUCUUGAAGAACAAGUUCCGAGAGGAGCCUGGAUGCUGCGUGGCAGUGCAUUGUGUUGCCGGGCUGGGCCGAGCGCCUGUUCUGGUGGCCCUCGCCUUAAUAGAAUGUGGAAUGAAGUAUGAGGACGCAGUCCAGUUUAUACGACAAAAGAGACGUGGUGCUUUCAACUCCAAACAGUUGCUUUACCUCGAGAAAUACCGACCCAAGAUGCGUCUACGAUUCAAAGAUGCCAACAACCACAACUGCUGCAUCCAGUAAAGCGAGGAAAACGAUCAAAGGAAAACGAAAACAAAUCUUAGCCUUUUCGGACUGUGCUGUCGCCUGGGAAUGUCAACGUCGAAUCGAGCCAAAGUCCAGGAGUGUUUUAAUCAUGAAUAAGGCUGCCACGUUUACGCUUUUUUUGUAAGCCGUGUAAACCACCACCCGCAGUAACUUUUAAACGUCGGGCGAGGCCUUUUCAAGCAAAACGAUAAUUAGAAAAAAAAUCAUUGGGGUUAGUAAGCGGUACAUAAUACGCUCUAGUAAAAAAUACAAGUGGAGCUAAAACUUGACAGCUUAAAGAAUUAUUUGCACAGGAGCUUCUCUGGUGGGGUACAGAGAAUUUGGAAAAGUAUAUGGCUAAUUUCAAUACAAUGCAAUGUUAAGCACAUAACUGCCUUUUUACUGUCAAAUACUUACACGCUGCAGCUUAAUGCUGAUCAUCUGACAAUUCUGGGAAUUAAACCUACACCAGCAAACUAAAAACAACUGUCAACCAAACGGACAGAGGAAUAAAUAAUCCCUACGUCAUGAAAUCCAAGCAAGGCAAUGCCGCUACACACAAUCCACAGUCUUGGAGUAUUCAUUUGGCAGUAUCUCUGCACAAAAUAAGGCUAGUUUGUCUAAUAAUGGAUCCGCGUGUCAUAGAGUUAGUAUGGCAUUGCAACACAAUAUUAAAACAAACCGGAGGCAAAUUAAGCAGACCGUCAGCUGGUCAAUGUUAGUUUCUAGUUUUAUGAAAUUAAACUAAAUAGAGACCCUUGCAUGUUUUUAAAGGUGGCAGCCUUAAUCACAAUGUGUUUUUUUUUUUUUUUCUUUUUUUUUUUUUUUGUAAAAACCAAACUGGGUGGGUGGGAUAACCUCUUAGUUGUAGGAUUACAUUGUCCUUUUUUGUAUUCUGUUUGAUCUGGUCAGAUUGUAUCAAAGGAGAAUGUAGAGUGUGACUUGUCUGAAAUCAGGGUAAUGGUGCAGGAGUACACUUCUGGGUUUGGGUUGGGGAGUGGUUGAUUGGUGGGGUUGACAGUCCAGAUUUAGUCUGUGCAAAUCUCAGUGAUUUGUAUUUUUAAUUAAGCAAGACCGUACUUUUAACAUAAUUUAAAUAAAGUCAUGAUUUUUGCACAAAAAUAAAAGCUUCCAAAAGGAUUUCCUUCAAUGCAGUAAUGUAUUUGGCCCCCCAUGCAAUGUACAAUGUUGGGGUGGGGGUGGGUAGAUUUGCCAGUUAGCUAGCCAUAUUGUUCAUUACAGUAUCUUGUCUAUCUUGAACACAGAUUCCCUCCUCGCUCCUGUUUUGUAAUACAGAUUUUUAUUUAUCUGUACUGAUUUGGGAGUACUCAUCAGAAGUCUCAACAACAGCAAAAGUCCUUUUGAAAACUGUUACCUACCCUCCUCCGAACAGCUACCUUUUCAGACUGGGAGGAGAUCAGCCAAUGUGGUUUUUGUCUACCCAAGUGGGCACAGGCAGGCUUCCAGUCACCUUACUGGGUUACAGGGAUUUUUUAAAUUUUAUUUUAGGGUGACGUUUUAGUUCAAGAGCAGUCGUUUGUACAUUGCAACAUGCAUAGUGGAGAGGCUUUCUCUACUGCCAGAUAAAUCCCCUAUGUGUGUGUGUGUGUAUGUGUGUGUGUGUGUGUAUAUAUAUAUAUAUAUAUAUAUAUAUAUAUAUAUAUAUAUAUAUAUAUAUAUAUAUAUAUAUAUAUAUAUAUAUAAUAUACACAUACAUAUAUACACAUAUAUAUAUAUACAUAUAAUAUAUAUAUAUAUAUGUGUGUGUGUGUGUGUGUAUAUAUAUAUAUAUAUAUAUAUAUAUAUAUAUAUAUAUAAAUUACUCCAAAAUAAAAUCUUUUUGCUUUUAAAAUGUCAAUUCUCUCCCCUCCCCUGUUUUAAUUUAUCUGUCUAUCAUAUAUAUGUGUGUGUGUGUAUAUAUAUAUAUAUAUAUAUAUAUAUAUAUAUAUAUAUCUCCACACACACAAAAGUAAAUCUGUAUUCAACUUAUUUAGCAUAUGUUUUUGAGAAUCUUGAUGGAUAAAUAAAUUCUUAAAGGAUAGAUGUAUUUAAAUUAAAUUAAAAAAAAGGUUAAAGGGUGGGAACACAGACCCAUUUAAGCUGCAUUUUCAAAAGAAGAAAUGUUUUACAAUAAUAAAAAUAAAACAAUGUU